ACAAAAUCCCCAAGAGUGUCCAAGUUCAACUAACCUUCAUCAGUUGUUAACUACUGUUACACAUAAAUUAUUAACUAGCAAUGAGAAUGCUGUUAGAGCUUAGAGGUAAGGGGAAGUGAAUCAGUGAACCAAGAAAAACAGACAAAUAAACGAAAAUGAAGACCAAAUUGAUUCUUCAUUAUCAUCUUGUUCAGAUCUUCUUCUUUCUUUAUCUACUACAGUUCACAAACUCAUCUCAAGACCCUUCAUCAGCUAUUAUCUCAAGAUUCCAAGAAUAUCUCCAAAUCAACACCUCUCAACCAUCUCCUGACUACAAGAAAGCCACCGCCUUCCUCCUGUCACAAGCCCAAUCCCUCUCUUUAGAAUCCCAGACCUUCGAGCUCGCUAAAAACAAACCCAUCGUUCUUCUCAAAUGGCCCGGCUCCAACCCUCACCUACCCUCCAUCCUCCUCUACUCACACACCGACGUCGUUCCGUCUGAGCCGGAAAAAUGGUCCCACCACCCCUUCGGGGCCCACCUGGAUUCGGAGGGAAAUAUCUUCGCCAGAGGGUCCCAGGACAUGAAGUGCGUUGGGAUGCAAUACUUAGAGGCGAUUCGGAAGUUGAAGGCAGGUGGGUUUCAGCCUGUUCGAACUGUUUACUUGGCUUUUGCUGCUGAUGAAGAGAUUGGAGGUCAUGAUGGAGCUGAGAAGUUUGCAGAGUCUGACAUCUUCAAAAACUUGAAUGUUGGUAUUGUCCUUGAUGAAGGUCUGCCGUCUCCCAAUGAAAAUUACAGGGCAUUUUAUGCAGAGAAGGGUGCUUGGUGGCUGGCUAUUAAGGCUAAGGGGGCUCCAGGCCAUGGCGCAAAGCUGUAUGAUAACAGUGCGAUGGAGAAUUUGUAUAAGAGCAUUGAGAGUGUGAGGAGGUUUAGAGCUUCACAGUUUGAUUUGGUGAAGGCUGGGUUGAAGGGUGAAGGGGAGGUCAUUUCGGUUAACAUUGUAUAUCUUAAAGCUGGCACCCCAUCACCUACUGUGAGUUCUUUUACUACUUUGGAAUGUGGUUUUAGAUUAAUUGGUAUUGCUUCUGUUACUUAUUUAGUUAUUUAGUAUAAUGAAUCAUUU